CUCUGUCCCUUACAAAGGAAAGGAUUCUGGAAUUUGUCCUUUUGUAGGUCGAUUGAUCCCACAAGAUAAUCUUAUAUAUAAUUUCAGUCUUCAAAAUUUCCUUCCCGGCUUUACUCUGCACAUACUUUUCUAUUUGGCUUGCAAUAUUUGUAUCGUAAAGCCAUGACAAAGGAAGUGAAAACCCAGGCAAAAAUUGGUGUUGGGUUAGAUAUCGUGUGGAAAGCUUUAGCUAAGGACUUGAAAUCCACCAUUCCAUCUAUGAUUCCAAAUUUAGUGAAGGAUGCAGAUGUGAUUGAAGGUGAUGGUGGCCUUGGUACAGUCUAUCUCUUCAACUUUGGCCCUGAUAUCAAAACAAUGACCUACCAGAAGGAAAAGGUUUCAGAGUUUGAUGAGUCGCUGCACCGAAUUGCGCUGGAAGUAAUAGAAGGCGGCCACCUGAAUCUCGGUUUUUCAUACUACAAUACAAUUUUCCAGCUAACUGCAACUGAAGAAGGGGAGACCCUGAUUGAGGUCACUGUGGCAUAUGAUUCUGAAAUAGAUGAUGAUACUUUGCCAUUAAAGACAACAUCAUCUACGUUAGCUUUCAUCAAGAACCUGGAAAAUUAUUUGGUCAAUGCUGCUUCUUAGAUGUUUUCCA